AUGUCUGACGCGACGUUCUCCGUGGUCACCUCUGUCUAUACCGUUGGUGGCCUGUCCGGUAGUUUGGGAGCCAACCUCGUCAUGGACCGCUGGGGCAGGAAAGGGGCGGUCCUCACCAGCUCAGUGGCUAUGGCUUUUGGUGCAGGCAUGAUGGGGGUCGCUGCUUCAUUAACCCCACUGGUGAUUGGACGACUAGUCACUGGAAUGGGUGCCGGUCUCGGUCUUUGCGUCGGCCCCAUCUUCCUCUCCGAGAUUGCCCCUCCGAAGAAGAGGGGAACUGUCGGUGUACUGACACAGUUCGCAAUUGUUGUGGGCAUUAUGGUGACACAGGGGAUGGGCUUACAGUUGGCGAGUGCGCGCCAUUGGCGACUUGUGCUGCUAUUCUCUGCAGUACUCUCUCUCGCACAGCUCCUUUGCGCUCCCAUGAUGAUCGAGUCCCCAACCUGGUUGAACAGACACGGACAAUUGCAGGCCAAGGACACCGCAGCACGAAGGCUCUGGAAAUCUGAACAGAUGAUCAGGAGCGCAGACGUGUCCAACUAUGAUACGGAAGACCCGUUGUUGAGUACUCAGAAUGAUGAUGAGGAUAUCGAGCACCAACUUCCCAAAGAUCCCGAAGAGCAUGAAGCCGCAAUUUCUGUACCCCGACUCCUGAUUGCGCCGGAGCUCCGUCGACCUCUCGCUAUUGUCUGCUUUUCGAUGUUAUGCCAGCAGCUGUCGGGGAUCAAUGCAGUUCUAUAUUACAGCAACGACAUCCUUUCCAAAGCUUUGCCAGACCUUGGACCUUACAUCUCGCUGGGCAUCACCGUAGUCAACGUCAUCGCCACAGCUGCGCCGGUUCUCCUCAUCGAUCGAUACGGCCGUAGACAACUCCUCUCUCUCUCAGCCGGAGGUGCCUUUCUCUCUCUACUUGGCGUGGGCAUUGGCCUCGACUCUAGCUUGAUUACGCUGGCCAGUGUCGCUAUACUGACCUUCGUGGCAUCCUUCGCGAUAGGCAUCGGUCCAGUGCCAUUUGUAAUGAUCCCGGAGGUCUCCCCACACCAUGCUGUAUCCGCGUUGUCGUCGGUUGGUCUGUCGACGAACUGGAUUGCCAAUUUCUUGGUUGGCUUGGUAUUCCUGCCUCUCCGAAACCUUCUCGCUCAAGGUGAUCCGUCGAAGGAAGGCAGAGUGUUCUACGUCUUUGCGGCGAUGCUCUUCUGCUCCACAUUCGUGCUGUUCAGGGUUUACAGAGGGUAG